GCACCAAUCAGAGUGGAUUGCGUGCGUAAUAUCUUCUCCUUUUGAUGUCAUUACGUAGCCUAAAUCGCUGAAUCCACCUGAACGCGCACAGCAUUUGUAUUGUGUUAAUCAUCACUGUGACCAUAAUGUCUGGCAGAGGGAAAACCGGAGGCAAAGCCCGCGCAAAGGCGAAGUCUCGUUCGUCCCGAGCUGGGCUACAGUUCCCCGUGGGCCGCGUGCACAGGCUGCUGCGCAAAGGCAACUACGCGGAGCGAGUGGGCGCCGGAGCUCCGGUCUACCUGGCGGCUGUACUCGAGUAUCUGACCGCUGAGAUCCUGGAGCUGGCGGGAAACGCGGCCAGAGACAACAAGAAGACCCGUAUCAUCCCCCGUCACCUGCAGCUGGCCGUGCGUAACGACGAGGAGCUCAACAAACUGCUCGGGGGUGUGACCAUCGCGCAGGGAGGCGUACUGCCCAACAUCCAGGCUGUGCUGCUGCCCAAGAAGACCGAGAAACCGGCCAAGAGCAAGUAAUACAGUGAUACAGGUGAAAUAUAGGACAUAUCUGCCCCUUCGUCAAACCCACUCUGUUUAAUUCUUCACGGACAAAACGAUUUUCAAUUUGGAACAUGAAUAAUCCCGUUUAUUGGGACGGUUCGCAGGCAGCUCAGCCUCUCCUUCAGAAGAUGGAGUCGGUCUCUACAUAAGAAAAACGGUUCAUUAUGGAUUCUGGACCAAAAUGUGUUGAUGGAGGGGGUUUGGGCGGUAUUUGUUUCGAGUUGCUGCUAAAUGUUGUUACUGUGAUUUGUGUGAUGUAGUUUGAAUAAAUUGUAUGAUGCUGGACAAGUAAACUGACGUGU